AUGCAGCGCAAAGUGGGAGAGAAGGGGGCUGCAGAUCAGUGCUGUGAUGGGAUCCGGCGCCUCUCGGGAGCCGCGUGGUCAGCUGAUGAAGUUGCUGAGCUGUGCUGCCUGCACUAUCGGAGCAGGCUCCCUAAGCAGGGGAAGCCAGAUCCAAGCAGGGAGUGGACUUCACUGGCAGCUGUUGUCAAAGUGGAGUCCGCAACCCAAAGAGAGGUUCUUGCUAGUGCAGGGGCUCUGCAGGUUACAAAGGAAGUUGUCGCUAUGGGAACAGGAACAAAAUGUAUUGGCCAAAACAAAAUGAGAAAAACUGGAGAUGUUCUGAAUGACAGUCAUGCUGAAGUUGUGGCCAAGAGGAGCUUCCAGAGGUAUCUUCUCCAUCAGAUGUGGCUGGCAGCUUCCCAUCAGCAAUGCAGUAUCUUUAUUCCAGGAACUGAAACUGGGAAAUGGAAACUCAAACCAAAUGUCAUAUUUGUUUUCUUCUCCAGUCACACCCCAUGUGGAGAUGCUUCUAUUAUUCCAAUGAGUGAACCAGUGAACCAGCUUUGUAAGCCAGCAACUGGAGCUGAUGCUGUUGGACAGUUAGCAGAGUGUAGAAGUAACCAUGAUCAUUUGGGUCUAGAAGAUAAAAGGAAAUCAGAGAAAAUGGCAAGUGACCAUAAAAUCAAGAGAAUGAAAACUGACAAUGAUGGUUAUUUUUCUGUAAUCACUGAAGGCCUGGCUGUUCAGCAAGGAUCUGUGGAACGAGAAGAUGACACAAAUCCAGAGGGCUGUGAAGGUUCUGCAGAGAGGCAAACAGCUAAUAAGGAGACUACCUUAAGGAGACCAAAGGUAGCAGAUGUUUAUAGAACUGGAGCAAAAUGCGUGCCUGGAGAGCUGAGUGAUGCCCGAAUACCUGGACUAGGUUAUCACUGUGUGGGGUUAUUACGAGUGAAGCCAGGUCGUGGGGACAGAACAUGCUCAAUGUCCUGCAGUGAUAAACUGGCUCGUUGGAAUGUAUUAGGGUGUCAAGGAGCUCUUCUGAUGCAUUUCCUGCAGUAUCCAUUAUAUCUGUCAGCAAUUAUAGUGGGGAAGUGUCCAUAUAGCCAAGAAGUCAUGAGGAGAGCAAUUAUUGAAAGGUGUCAGCACAUCUCAUGUUUACCAGCUGGUUUUGUCACCCAGGAGGUUAAGCUGCUGCAGUCAGAUCUUCAGUUUGAGCACAGCCGUCAGGCAAUUCAGGAAGCACAGACUAACAGCAAAACAAAACUUGUGCCUUGCAGUGCAGCUAUCAGUUGGACUGCAGUCCCUGAGCAGCCUCUGGAUGUCACCUCAGAUGGCUUCCGUCAGGGAACAACAAAGAAGAUGAUUGGGAGCCAUCAGAGCAGAUCCAAGAUCUGUAAAGUGGAACUCUUCCAUACAUUCCAAAAGCUGGUGAUGAGUAUUCCACAUGAAGAUCUGCCAGACACGCUCCGGAUGAAGACUCUAGAAACCUACUGGGACUACAAGGAAGCUGCACUAAAUUAUCAAGAAGCCUGGAAAGUGCUGCGUAGCCAAGCCCUAAUGGGCUGGGUCAAGAAUACCAAGGAAUACCUGCAGUUCACAUGAGAAUACAUGCGGCUGUGUAAAUCCAGCAAUGAGCUCUGGUGCACAGAUACCGCUGCAGUUCAAGGACUAGGAAAAGAUAUCCUCUAGUUUGUCCCUGCCCAUGGCAGGCGGGUUGAAACUAGAUGAUCUUAAGGUCCUUUCCAACCCUAACUAUUCUGUGAUUCUAUGUGCUGUAAGGAGACAGUGAAAAGGAAAGCAGUUUAGAGAAGUCUUUAUUUUGGUUGAGUUGAAGCCCCUUUUUAUUGAAAUAUAGAAAAGAAUCAUUGUAGACUUGAAGUUCUGAGCUGCAUGAAACAAUUAUGCCUCAAAAGAAAGGAAGAAGUGACGUGCUAUCCCCUGUUACCCGAGGAUAUGAUCAACCAUAGUCCAUUGCAGUGGAAGUAAUGUCAACUGAAACUAAAGCAGCGCUAUGGCCAUCACUUGUAAAUUUUACUGCUGCUUUUAUCCCCCCCUCUUCAUAAUGUUAUGGUUGGGUUUGUGUUGCUGGGACAACCCUGAUGUGUAGUAAGUAAUGUUUUUAUAACUCUUGGCUCUCCUUGUCUGGCUCCUGGAAGAAUUUUCCAUGUCCCCCAACCCCAUUGCUUCUAACUGGAAAUACAGGUUCUGUUAAAGGGUCUUUUUUUCUGCAAAUCCUUCAUGUAAGCUUCUAGUUACUAAAUACAGCCAAAGCAGAAGUAAAAAAGUGCUGGGGAGAAGCAGUGUCAAAUAAUACCACUUGUGAUCUAUCUCAUGUGCCUGUUUUAAUUUCACGACUUUCCCAGAUACCUGUUCAACUGCUUUGCUUCUGUGGGCACGAAAGAAACCUCCUGGUUCAAACCUGUCAGUCCUGUGUAAUUCCUGGCAAACAGUUACCUACUUUGCAGUGUUUCAAGUGCUGUCCAACCCCUGUCUCCCUGUGAUAUGUGGUUAAUUAAAAGCAGGGGUGCCUUAACCAUUUA